UUAGGUUUUAAAGAUGAGACUGUCAUUCAUUUUUGUUGUCAGAUCUGGAAAAGUAACAUGAUUUCGUGAAUAAAACUUGCUCACAAAUUCACAAGAUGCCCUUAAACCAUGAGUAAACGCGCAUCGAAUUUUGGAAGAACUGAAUUUUGACUAAUCAGAGAGCUUGUCUCAACCGGUCUCUUUGAUUGACUCCAUCUUGAUAUUGUGGACGUGUUUCCUGAGUGGGGUUAUAUAACUGUUCAGCAUGAAGUCCAACGCCCCACUAUGGCUAAUGCGUAUGUCGCCGGAGAAACAGGAUACACUGUUAAAGAUAAUGGUCCUGACCCUGGGAUGUGUGUUAUCAUUCUCUACUCGCCUCUUCUCUGUUUUACGAUUUGAGAGCGUCAUUCACGAAUUUGAUCCCUACUUCAACUACCGCACCACGCGCUACUUGACGGAGGAAGGGUUCUACUCUUUCCACAACUGGUUUGAUGACAGGGCCUGGUAUCCACUGGGGAGAAUUAUUGGUGGAACUAUUUACCCAGGAUUGAUGGUGACAUCUGCAGCAAUCUAUCAUUUCCUGCGUUUCUUCAACUUUACCAUCCACAUCCGUGAGAUCUGUGUGUUCCUGGCCCCCUUGUUUUCCAGUUUUACCACACUGGUCACCUACCAACUGACCAAGGAGCUCAAGGAUGCAGGUGCAGGUCUUGUAGCAGCAGCCAUGAUCUCCAUAGUCCCGGGCUACAUUUCACGUUCUGUCGCUGGCUCCUACGAUAACGAGGGUAUCGCUAUCUUCUGUAUGCUGUUGACCUAUUUGCUGUGGAUCAAGUCCGUGAAAACUGGCUCCGUCUUCUGGUCAGCUCUCUGUGCCCUGGCCUACUUUUACAUGGUUUCCUCAUGGGGAGGCUAUGUAUUCUUGAUCAACUUGAUCCCUCUUCAUGUGUUGGCUUUGAUGGCCACUGGCAGGUUCUCACACAGAGUAUAUGUGGCCUACUCCUCAGUCUAUUGCUUGGGGACCAUUUUGUCCAUGCAGAUCUCUUUUGUUGGCUUCCAGCCUGUACAGUCCAGUGAACACAUGGCUGCUUUUGGAGUGUUUGGCCUGUGCCAGAUUCACGCCUUCAUCGACUACGUGCGCUCCAAGCUCAGCCGAGAGCAAUUCAACAUCCUCUUCAAGAGCGCCGUUCUCCUCUUCGGCACCGUAGCAACUGGAGUUGGCGCUGUUCUGACUGCCACAGGGAAGAUCUCUCCCUGGACGGGACGUUUUUACUCCCUCUUGGACCCCUCGUAUGCCAAGAAUAACAUUCCAAUCAUUGCCUCUGUCUCUGAGCAUCAGCCGACCACUUGGAGCUCUUUCUAUUUUGACCUGCAGAUGCUGGUGUUUAUGUUUCCAGCUGGAUUGUACUUCUGCUUCUCCCGUCUCACUGACGCCAACAUCUUCAUUAUCAUGUAUGGUGUCACCAGUAUCUACUUUGCAGGUGUCAUGGUGCGUCUGAUGUUGGUCCUAGCGCCUGUCAUGUGUAUCAUCGCUGGCAUCGGCAUCUCAUCCACGCUCACCACUUACAUGAAGAACCUGGACAUCUCCAAGAAGGACAAGAAACCCAAGAAAGGCGGAGAUGCUAAUUAUCCUAUCAAGAAUGAGAUUGCCACUGGUGUAGUAGUCUUAAUGACAGCCUUUCUAAUCAGUUACGUGUUCCACUGUACCUGGGUCACCUCGGAGGCCUACUCCAGUCCCUCUAUCGUUCUCUCUGCCAGAGCUGGUGAUGGCGGAAGGAUUAUAUUCGAUGACUUCAGGGAGGCUUAUUAUUGGCUGAGACACAACACUCCAGAGGAUGCUAAGGUGAUGAGUUGGUGGGAUUACGGCUACCAGAUUACAGCGAUGGCCAACCGGACGAUAUUAGUGGAUAAUAAUACCUGGAACAAUACACAUAUAUCAAGAGUAGGACAGGCAAUGGCAUCAACAGAAGAUAAGGCAUAUGAGAUCAUGAGAGAACUUGAUGUCAAUUAUGUCCUUGUUAUUUUUGGUGGCCUAACAGGCUACUCCUCUGAUGACAUCAACAAGUUCCUGUGGAUGGUGCGUAUAGGUGGCAGCACUGACCGAGGCGCUCACAUCAAGGAAGCGGACUAUUACACUCCCCAGGGAGAGUUCCGCGUGGACAAAGAAGGCUCUCCGAUCCUCCUGAACUGCCUGAUGUACAAGAUGUGUUACUACAGAUUUGGAUCCGUCUACACAGAAGCCAGCAAACCAACAGGCUACGACAGAGUCCGCAACACUGAGAUUGGUAACAAAGAUUUCCAGCUGGACGUCCUGGAAGAAGCUUACACCACCGAACACUGGCUGGUCCGCAUUUAUAAAGUUAAAGAUCUCGAGAACAGAGGCAAUUAGUUUUACGACUUCUUCAUCAUAAAAAACCUAGCUCUCCGUCACAGUCAAUGCCACUGACUUAACUCGUCUUACAGGGCAAUUACACUUAUGCAAGACUCGACAGUAGUUUUUUAUAGAGACCCAAUAAUAUAAUGAUGAUGAUAAUUAUAUGAUUUUUUUUUCUUUAGAUUUAUGAUUUGUAUAUGACUAUGUAUAUAUUUACAUCAACUUUAUGGACAGAUUAUACCAAGCUGGAUUGUAUUGGAAUGGGCGUGAAAUGUUUAGUAAGAUCGUGCUCUGUUAUAAAACCAGAGAAUUUCCGUGUGUAAGUUUACUGAAUCCUUAUGCUAAGGCGUUAAAAUUGGCAGAUUAUAAAAAAAGAAACGAGUGUGGGGAUGAAAUUCUGUAUUUGAACUUUGGAAUGGGAUGAGGAGAGUAGCAACUUUAUUUAUUUAUUUAUUUAUUUAUUUAUUUAUUUAUUUAUAUAAAUGGUCUCGGUGGUAGAGAUCAGAACUGUAGGAUGAUACAAAAUCCAUCGAUAAAAAGCAGGCGCUGUAUUUGCUUUUUGGAAUAUGAGGUGGUGAAAUUUUUUCUUCACGUGUUACUUCUACACAAUAGACGACAGUCUCCUUGGUAAAUAGACAAGAUUUAUGAAACGGUAUCAUAUUUGACAGUGUAUCAUGUGUACAUAUGUAUGUUCGACCGAACAUUAUUUUGCCGGCAUGGCGGCGUGUAUGCCAUCUGUUAGCCGCGUGUAAUUGCGGACGGAACACGGUUUUGGCCUGCUGAAUCCGGCUGUUGUUUGUAAGUACACACUGGGAUACAUGUUUACUGGGGUGGGACUGUGAAAUUUGAUUUGACCACAAGUGGAAAUGACCAAAGGUCAGUGCCUCCUUGACCAAGCUAAACCUCGGUUGAAGAGUAU